CUGGGACGCCUACAGCUAAUCCAAUGAGCGCUGGCGCCACUACGAGCAAAAUGGCACCGCUUUCGUGCCGAUGCUGAAAAUAUUGACGCCGAGAGUGUAAAACACAUAUAAAAUACAUCGUUUGGACACUUUUAACGUAAGAAUGAAGGUUGUCAAUCUGAAGAUAGCCAUUCUGCAAGCUUGGAAAGAGCGCUGGAGUGACUACCAGUGGGCUGUAAAUAUCAAGAAAAACUUUCCAAAGGGAGCAACGUGGGACUAUCUUAACCUUGCAGAGGCGUUAAUGGAACAGGCGUUGAUCGGCCCAUCUCCUAACCCACUUAUUUUGUCUUAUCUUAAAUAUGCCAUAAGUUCACAGAUGGUGUCUUAUUCCAGUGUGCUCAUAGCCAUUAGCAAGUUUGAUGACUUUUCACGAGAUCUUUGCAUCAAGUCGCUUCUGGAGAUCAUGGACAUGUUUUGCCAUCGCCUCACCUGCCACGGGAAAACCGAGGAAUGCAUCGGCCUGUGUCGGGCCUUGCUGGGGGUGGUGGUGUGGCUCCUCAACGGCUGCUCCUUCUACUGCGAAAGACUGAGUGAACCGGGUUUGCUGAGCGCAGCUGAGGCCUGCCUGGAAGAGUGCCGCAACAGGCUGCACAAACUGAUGAGCAGCACCAAGAACCGAGCUCUGGUGCACAUCGCACGGCUUGAAGAUCAAGGUUCCUGGAGUAACGUGGAGCAAGCCAUUCUUAAAGUCAGCGAGGGGCUCAACUGUGUAUCCAACCCGACAUUUACAAGUCAGCUAGAGGAUAGCUUAGAGCUGGUCAAAGGCAUCCCGCAAAUGCUGUCCGUGCAGUUCGACUCGCCGCUGCAUGCUUCCUUCCCGUCAAUCCACGCUUUCAUUAUGCUGGAAGGGACCAUGAAUUUGACAGGGGAAACGCAGCCAAUGGUUGAGCAGCUUAUGAUGAUCAAGAGAAUGCAGAGAAUCCCUACUCCAUUUUUUGUGUUGGAAAUCUGGAAAGCCUGUUUCACUGGCCUUAUUGAGUCACCAGAGGGCACCGAAGAGCUCAAAUGGACUGCCUUCACUUUCCUCAAGAUUCCACAAGUUCUUCUCCGACUCAAGAAGUAUCCUCAGGGUGACAAAGGGCAGGAAUUCACGGACGACGUGAAUGUCGCAUUUCAGUACCUGCUCAAGCUGACGCCGCUGCUGGACAAAGCCGAUCAAAGAUGCAAUUGCGACUGCCUUGGCAUGCUGCUACAGGAGUGCAACAAGCUCGGCUUGCUUUCCGACUCCAACACGGAGGUGCUCACAUCCGAACGGACGGAGGACAGGAAGUUCUCCCCGAAGCUCAAAACCGCAGAAAAUGCAAAUAUUCAACCCAACCCGGGCCUAAUCCUACGUGCUGAACCCACCGUCACUAACAUUCUCAAGACGGUAGAUGCCGACCACUCCAAAUCCCCGGAGGGACUCCUAGGCGUCCUCGGUCACAUGUUGUCCGGGAAAAGUUUGGAUCUGCUGCUUGCAGCCGCCGCCGCCACGGGCAAACUUAAGUCGUUUGCUCGCAAGUUCAUCAAGCUAAAUGAGUUUCCCAAGCACAUAAGUGGGGAAGGAUCAAAGUCUGCAUCAGUUCGUGCGCUUCUCUUCGACAUCUCCUUUCUUAUGCUUUGCCACGUGGUACAGACGUAUGGUUCUGAGGUGGUCCUGUCUGACCCCAGCCCAUCCGGGGAGACACCCUUUUUUGAGACAUGGCUGCAAACUUGUAUGCCAGAAGAGGGGAAAAUUCUGAACCCGGACCACCCCUGCUUCAGGCCCGAGCCUGGAAAAGUUGAAAGUUUGGUGACUCUGCUGAAUAAUUCCUCAGAGAUGAAGCUAGUUCAAGUGAAAUGGCACGAAAUUUGCCUCAGCACCCCAGCAGCAAUUUUAGAAGUUCUGAACGCAUGGGAGAACGGCGUACUGUCCGUGGAGGCCGUGCAGAAGAUUACUGACAACAUCAAGGGCAAAGUGUGCAGUAUGGCGAUCUGCGCCGUAGCAUGGCUGGUGGCUCACGUUAGGAUGCUGGGGCGGGAUGAAAGGGAGAAGCCUCAGACCAUGAUCCGACAGCUGGUCACCCCGCUUUAUGGCGAGAACACGCUGCAGUUUUACAGCGAACGCGUGAUCAUUAUGAGCUCCAUCAUGGAGCACAUGUGCGCUGACGUCUUCCAGCAAACGGUGGCAACUCUGCGCCCGCCCAUGGAGGGCCAGGAGCCCAUACCUUACCGCAACCUGUUACCGGCCAAGGAGCCCAUCCGGGCUGCCCUCGCCAAGCAGUUCCAGCUGGUUUUGCGCAAAGGCUGGGUGGACAGCCGGGCGCUGCAUCUGUUUCAGAGUCUGCUCAACAUGGGAGGCGUCUUCUGGUUCACUAAUAAUUUGGUCAAGGAGCUGCUCAAGGAAACUCGGCAGGAGUGGGCUCAUCGGGUGGUGGAGUUGCUUUACAGCAUCUUCUGUUUGGACAGCCAGCAGAUUAGCCUGACCUUGCUAGGCACCAUCGUGCCCAACCUACUCACCGACUCCGCCCAUUGGCACAGCUUGGUAGACCCACCUGGCAAAGCGCUGGCCAAGUUAGCAGUGUGGUGCGCACUUAGCUCCUAUUCGUCCCACAACAAAGGUUCCUUCUCAGCUCAUCAACGGAGAAGACAGCGAGAAGAUAUCGAGGACUACAACAGCCUCUUUCCAUUGGACGACACACAACCGUCGAAGCUCAUGCGUCUCCUCAGCUCCAAUGAGGAUGAGCCUGUUGCACUUUCCAGUCCAGGAGACCGAUCAAUGAGCAGCUCCCUUUCUGCCUCCCAACUCCACACGGUCAACAUGAGAGACCCGCUCAAUCGUGUUCUGGCCAACCUUUUCCUGCUCAUUUCCUCCAUCCUGGGCUCCAAGAUGGCAGGGCCUCACACGCAGUUUGUACAUAGCUUCAUGGAGGAGUGUGUGGAAUGCCUGGAGCAAGGAAAUCGCGGAAGCAUCCUGCAGUUCAUGCCUUUCACUAUGGUCUCCGAGCUGGUGAAGUUGCCCGCUCUUGCCAAACCCAAAGUGGUUCUGGCCGUCACCGAUUUGAGUCUGCCCUUGGGGAGGAGAGUUGCGGCGAAAGCCAUCGCUGCCUUGUAACGCAUGAGGUUCAUAUGUAAAUAAAGUUUGGAUAAAAUUUCAGGGUGAAUCUAAAAUGCACAAAAGAUUUACUUGACAAUAUUUUGACAGAAUUUAUCUGGGACUUUGUUUUUAUGUAAUGUCUUCAGAAAAUGUAUUCAAAUUUUUGUAAAGCCCCAUUCACAUGGAAUUAAUAUUACUUAAAGUUUGUAUUACUUUGGUCAUUGGUAAAAUAUUAGAUACGAUGCUUGAGCUCUUAGUCCCAUGCGAAUGUGGCAUGUCUGUAAUUUGUAAAGUAAAAAUUUAAGCGCAAACUACCGACUUGGACGAACACAGACGUCCAGAAUUUGAGUCACUUUCCUUAAAAGAGGUCAAAUAUCUUAAAAACUGCUAUUUUGUAAACACUGUUUUCCCGUGCUUGAAUUUAUUUGUAAUACAGCUGUUACCCUUUUAGGCCUGAAUUUACAUUUAACAAAUAACAAAAGGCAUUGGAGUACUAUCUUCUAAGUGCAUAAAAGUAGUAUUAUAAAAAAUAAAACACUGAAAAUUAAAAUGAAAAAUACAGAUAAAAAUUAUAGCAUCAAAAAGUAAAUAUAGAAAAGGAUUUUAAAAAAUAUAUAUUUAAAUAUAAAUGUCAUAGAUAAUUCAUGAAUUUAUCUUUUAAUUAUUUUCUAAAACUUUUUUUUUGUUUUUUUGUAGUUGUAUUCAAAAUGUUAAUUUCAUAUAUAUUUGAUUACUAAUAAUCAUGUAUUUAUAAGCACGUACACACAUACAAUCGAUAUAUAUCUGUAUGCAUAAUAUUUACGAUACAUAAUAAAUUAAUGUAUUUCCUCAAUGCUUUUUGAUGUAUAUUUGUUCGAUGUAAAUUCAGGCUUCAAGGGGUUAAAUGCCUUUUUAAAUUCAUCCUGAAUUUUUAUGAUCAGUGUAUAUUGCCAUUGACUGUGAUAGAAUAUCUGUCACUUUCAAAAUAUCCAUGUUUUUGUGUUUGUAUGGUACUUUUUGAUACCCUGUCAAGACAUUAAAAACUAAACAAAAAAAACUGAUUUUUUCUGUUUCCUUUUGCGGUUCUUCACUCAACGUUUACAUCAUCUCCGAGUCAGGUGCAGGGUCACAUGUUUAGAGACGUCAUCACAUGACUGAGGGAGCCUUUUCAUCACCCCGAGUGACGCCCGCGGUCAUCAGGGUGCUUACAACACUUCCUCUCGGAAAGCUGUAAGAGUUCGACGGCACCAAAAGUUCCAUCAGGUCAAUUUUUCCAUAAAGCGUCUUCCGGAAUUUGUUGAUUUUCCAUUCUUCCUUGUUAAUUUAAAUGUGUUUUAUCAUUUGUAGACAUCCAAUCCAUUUGAACUGGGAGGGUGGCAGUGAAUGAACCCCCCAAACUUCAAAUGGAUUGGACGUCUAUCGCUGUCAAUGGCAGUCAAUGAGUUAAAAAUGAUGUCAAGUGAGUCUGAAAUUAAGAAAAAGUCUUUAUUGAAAGACACAUAAAUACUAUUGGCACUAACAGUCAUACAAAAAUAUUCCAUAAAUAAUAAACAUCCUCAAUUUGACAAGUUUUUGUGAUGUCUAAUAAGAAUCCAUUGAUAGCUUUGAGUAAGUAUUCGCUUUGUAUGAGGUUAGUAUUUGGUGCAAUAUUAUGAGUGUUAACCCUUUGGUGCCUGAAUUUACAUUUAGCAAAUGUACAUAAAAAAGCAUUGAGGAAUACACAAGUUCGUGAAAAUAAUAAUAUUGUAAUUAGUAUAAUAAAUUCUGUUGGAAAAAUGGAACAGAAAAAUUGGAAAAACUACUUUUACAUUUUUAUUUUUCAUAAACUACAAAAAGAUUUUAAAAGAAACAACAACUAGGAAAUAUGGAAAAUUAUAAAUAAAAAUGUAAAAAAAUAAUAAAUACAAAAAAUAU